UUUUUGUGCUGCCUGCAAGAGACCGGGUGUUUAUUUCUAAGUGGAUCUCUGAAAGUGGUUUCAAAAAGUGAUUUAAAACAAAGUUCAUUAUGGGUAAAAAUAAAGUUCAUAUUGUCUGAACAUUUACUUUUUGUGAACUAGAACCUCGUCCAGACCGAGGCCUUCGGUGUGUCCUUUAACGUUUUGUGAACAUGUUACUGGUCCACUACUCUCUGUUGUCGAUUUGUGGACUUGUUUUGGUUUCCGCAUAUUACGAAUCAGCCGUAGAUGAUCUAUGUUUAGGAAGAGACGAUGUCAUCUUUGCAAGAAGCUGUAAAACUUAUCUCAAAUGUGUGAAUGGGACAGCGGUCACUUUUCAUUGCGAUCAGUACAUGGUCUUCAAUAUGAACUCAGGGAAUUGUGAAUAUGCCUUCAACGUUCAUUCACCGUGCGGAGUAUUUCGGGAUUGUACCAAGUUGCCUGACGGACAUUUUCCCGAUACAGAACACAAGUGUAUGCGGUUUUACACGUGCUGGAAAAAGAGUUUUCUUGGAUUCAAUUCUUGCUCUAUGGGUUUGGUAUUCAACGUGAGAAAGCAGGUCUGUGAUUGGCCAUUCAAUGUAAUGGAACCAUGCGGAAUCAGGUGAUGUAACCAAUGAAAACCUCACUACCUUCUGCAACACAGCUACCUCUCGCUAUGUAUUCUAUGCACCUCAAUAAACACUUAUAUUUA